UGAUAAAAGGUGUGGGAUUGCUGUUACUACUUGGAGCCAUGCAAGGUUCCAAUUCACACACUAUCCAUGUCACCCAGGCCCCCAAAGUAAAGGCUGAAGAAGGUAGCACAGUCACAUUAAAAUGUAGCUACUCCACCAGUAUCUCAGUGCUGUCAAAUCGCCCUUGGUUGGAAUGGCACAGGCAUGUGCUGAAUGGAAGCAAGGUUUCAAAUACAGAAGGAGAUUUCAUGGGCAGAGUUUCUAAAAGUACGACAGAAGAUUUCUUGAGAAAAAAAUCGGCUGAUGUGACAAUUCACAAUGUUGCCCAAUAUGACACCGGCAUGUUCAUAUGUGUAGUUUAUAUACAUAUAGAUAACACAAAAAUAUCAUCAGGACAUGGGAAUGGAACAUUACUUGAAAUAACAGGUCGUAAUAAAACAGAGGAAAGUCAAGGAAACAAGUCUAAAAACCUUAGACUGAUUAUUUAUUUAUUUUUUGUCGCUUGA